AUGUCAAAUAUACUCAAAGACAAAAACUAUUCAACAUCUUCUUACAGUAUGAAAAAUACUUCCGAAAGACGUCAGUCAGAAGCACUCUUGGAGCCAGAUCGAGACGACAACUCUGUUACCAUACAAGACAUGCCUAUAGACACUCCAGAACCAGAAACCGAUCCCACUUCUUUAUAUACUGAUCCUCUGUCAGACCCCAAAGUUAAACGAGCUUUUAUACUACGUCAAUUUCUUUCUCUUGCCAUCGUCCUUGUUAUAAACGUCGGCCUUCCUUUGUUGAUUUACUAUGUGCUGAAGAUGUAUAUCAGCAUUUUGGUUGCUCUUAUUCUAUCCGGUAUCCCUCCUCUCCUCCAUGUACUGAUUACCUUCUACCGGAAAAGACGUGUUGAUGUUCUUGGCUGCAUUUUCGUAAUCUCAUUCAUUUUGUCAGCUGUAUUGACACUUAUCAAUGGAAAUGUUCGGUAUGCUUUGUUACGUGACUCUGUUACUACUGCCAUUGUUGGUCUCAUGUUCUUGAUUACACUGAUCCCUCUCAAAACUCGAAUCCUUACUAUCCGUCCUCUCACAUUCCUCAUCACCCUACAAAUGACAACAGAGAUGCCGCCUAUGACUUGGACAGAUAGACAAGGAGAAGUCCACAGCCAGUCUUACAUGGAAUGGUGCUGGGAUCAAUUUCGAUGGGUCCGUAGAAACGCUUAUAUAACUACCUCCUUAUGGGGCUUUUUUCUUAUGGGCGAGUUUGUCGCAAGAGUUCUUAUGGUUCAAAGUACAUUGUCUGUCGACGAUAUUGUUCUUUACGGAAAUAUCAUCUUGAUAUGUGUUAUUGUUAUAAUGACAGUAUUUUCUGUUUUAAGAGCUAUGCAGUUCAGUAAGAUGUUCAAGCCAUAUGCAAUUGAAUGGCACAAGAAUAAUAAUUUCCCUGUAACUACCACCGUUUAA